AUGCACAGUGCAAAGGGCCCAGAGCUUAUCUCAUACUUAACAGAGGAAAUGGAGGGCACCAUUCAAGACUCAGCCUACUCCCCAAACGGAGAGAUACUUGCGUGCGCGCUGGACUCCGGCCAUUUGGUCUUCCACGACGCAGUAAGAAACAAGAGAUAUUCGUCUGUGGAAACGCCAAACGAAAAAUCAUUUCUGGUUGAUUUUAUAGAUCACAACACUUUAGUACACACGGUUGAGAAAGAUAUGCGUGUGCUAAACCUGGAGAAGGGCGAGUGCACUGCUCUCUUUGCAGCGCACACCUCGCAAGUAUACAGCAUUUCAACCUCCUUGAUGUUCAGAAACACAAUAUCUGUGGCGCACAACGAGGCGUAUAUCUGGGAUGCCCGGGAAAAAAACCCGCAUGCAAAGAUACCAGUGCAAGGAAGACCCCUGAUCAAGUACUCUCCAGACGGCCGGGUGUUUAUGGCGCUGUUUGAGGAGAGGAAAGAGAUGUGCUUGUUUGAUGUGCGGUCUUAUAUGGGAGGGCCUUAUAAAACAAAAAGGAUAGAAAUAGAAGGAUACAGCGAUGUGCAUUUCUCACCGGACGGGUUUGGUUUUGCAUUGGUGCAGAAAGAUGGCUUCAGAAUUGCAGACGGGCUCAGCGGAGACAUAACCAUGCAUCUCCCAAGCGAAAACAGCACAGCAGGCUGCUUCUCGCAAGACAGCCGAUCAUUUAUAUAUGCAACAGGCCCAAAUGAGAUCUCAAUGGCUACAAUUCCAGAAACAAAGGGCGCGCCCAUUUUCACCCACAGCAGCGACUGCCCUAUCACUGCACUUCACUACAACCCAUGUUUUGAGCAGGUGGCAGUUAUUCACGGGCAACUCACGUUCCUGCAGAAUUCAACGUAG